CGACGCACGUGCGAGGGUAAAAUGCAGAUAAAUAACCGGAAUGUUCUCACGAGUCUGGAGUUGACUGUAAUGUAACAGUAGUUUUGGGAGAAGAAGCGCCAUGAAGAAACACCUGAGUCCCACAAAACAGCAGCAGCAGCAACAACCACCACCGGCUGAAGUCCCGGUUCCAGGCGGCGAGGUUACCGUCCAACAACUCAACGAGCUCCUGUCCAACGGCAGCGGCUUUUACAGCUUACCCACACAACACUUUAACGAGGUCUUCCCGAGAAUAUACAUCGGUAACGCGUUUGUAGCCCAGAAUGCAAUGCGUCUGCAGAAACUUGGAGUAACACACGUCCUCAAUGUGGCAGAGGGCACCUCCUUCAUGCAUGUCAACACCAGUGCGGAGUUCUACGCCGGCACGGGCAUCACCUACCAUGGUAUCCAGGCCAAUGACACCGUGCAGUUCCACCUCAGUGCCUUCUUUGAGGAAGGGGCUGAUUUUAUUGACAAGGCCCUAUCGCACAAUAAUGGCAAAGGGAAGGUAUACGUACACUGCAGAGAAGGCUACAGCCGCUCCCCUACCAUGGUAGUUGCUUACCUCAUGCUGCGCCAUAGAAUGGAUGUCCGGCAGGCAGUGGCCACUGUGAGACAGAAGAGAGAAAUUGGUCCUAAUGACGGCUUCCUUCUCCAACUGUGCCAACUUAACGAGAAGCUGGCAAAGGAGGGCAAGCUGAACGGGGAGGUGGGCAAACUAAAGACCAAAUGAAAGCAGGAGACCUUCUGCCCUGUAUCCUCCCAUCAUGCCUUUUACAGGUUUCAGUUGCUCUCAGAGACUGACCCCACCCUGACCAAACCAGCACCCAUUUGACACACAAAACAUACAUGCAUUUAUCUGUGUAGAUAAUUAUUCCUCAUGCACACACUCCGUCUCACACACGUACAUGCUGUUUUCUUUGCAAUAUCCAGUUCACAUCUGUCACUGCUGCACUGUAAGGGGAAAUUUGUCAGUCCUCUGCCUGCUUCUACAAGUGUGAUCUAAAAUACUUAACAAACAAACAAACCCCUCAUCCCCCUUUUUUAACUCUACACCACACAGAUGUGCAGAUGUCUUGCUGCUAGUACCCAAAAGCUCUAGAUUUCUGAAUUGAGCUACUUAAAGCAUUCCUUCAAUUCCCGGAGGCUGAGAAGGUAACAACUUCGCCCUGAUUUUUAAGAUUUCCUUAAAUAGAAGAUUAUAGCACAAUCAUUCCAUAGUUUUCCACUGCCGGGAACGUCAGCGAUGUCUCCGCCAGCAGGAGUACUACUAUAAAUUUCAAAUGAACUCUUAGAUAUAAGUCCAGAGGGCCACACAUGCAUGUGGCUGCAACCUGCAGACACAUUAAGUCCGGUAUGUUACACAGAGAGCGAUAUGUGAAUGGAUGGAGCAAAAUCCCAAACAUUCCAUGAAAACUGAAAAAGCCCCUCACAGUUUUGUUUGCCCACUCAACCCUUAAUUCUCUUCUCUUCUACCUGUAGGGACAGAUAUUUAAUGCACAAACACUCACACUCUAAUGCCAGCUGUAGCUCUGUGUAGCAUUUCAAUCAGCAUCCUUGACUCUGGCCUCUAGUUUGACGGCGCUAGCAUUACAUUUGUCGGUCACUAAAGCUGGCGGGAUCACUAAAACUGGCUUCAACAAUGGCAAAGUUCGAGCUAUUAUUAAAAGAAUAUCCUCUUUAAAAGCAAAAAAGGUCAAAUCAGCUCAUUUACAGUAUUUCAUUUCUAAAGUGGCUUGUUUACAAAUUCAAAUUCCUGUUGCGUUAAAAAUAGUAAGAAUGACAUUCAUUUGAAGUCAUUACAAUUUUCUGUUGUAUGAAGGCAGCAGGAGAUGAGAACAGGACUGUCAAAAUAUCAUUUUAUUGACCAUCAGUAACCUGUAGCCGACUUCCAUUAUCUGAAUAAGAGGUUUACAAAUGAUAGACAUUUUUAAUCUAAACACAAUCUGCUGGUUCAGUUUCAGUGUGUUAGAGGUAAUUAUUAUACCCUUAAUAAGAAAUGUCAAAUUUUUCCAGAGUUUAGUUGGUAAUUUUACAUAGUCUCUUAAAAUCUAUAUUCUUCUGUUUUACACGUGUAACUACAUUGAUUGUUUGUUGGGUUACGAGCAAUGCCAAAAUGCGGGAGACUCCGUACCGUGCCUGAAUUCAUGUGGACAUUGGCCGAGUGCUGAAACUGCUGCUACUUAAAUAGACAUUGUUAGACCUUAACUUAUUUUCAGUUCUUUUAUUAAGUUAUCUUUGUAAUCACUAUAAUGUUUCAGUAUUGACCUCAUGACAUUUCUGUCACUCACUAGUGUUAAAUAGUUAUACAUGCAGUAUCAUCAAAGUUGUGUUAUCGAUUUACUAUCUCCUAAAGUAUACAUAGUAUGGUUUUUGUUUUAGCAAGGGUGUUUUCUCAAAUGAAUCAUAUGCUCCUGGGUUUUUUUUUCAUUCAAAUUUGCCAAUGCCCACACUAAGCCCGCUAUUUUAAAAAUGUUGUUUACAUGGCAAAAUGGCGUCCGUCAUCGCUUUUGAGGUUGUUUUUGUGAAGAUCUCCGCUCCCACUAAAUCUCUUCUUCCUCGUCUUUUAUUCAGCAGGCAACCAAACUGAGCAUCACAGCCAACAUCUGGUCAGGAGGGCUGUGUCAGCUGGUAAUUGAUUAAUUGUUUUCAUUGUUUUUCAAGCGAAAAUACACUCAAUAAUGGUAAAUCUGAGGAUUUCAUGCCAUGGCAUUUACCACUAUUUUGUGACAUUUUAUACAAAAAAAUUAUUAAUUGAAAAAAUAAUUGGCAUAUGAAUCAAUAGUGAAAAUGAUUUUUAGUUGCUGUGCUAUGUGUCAGAGCAGGUUAAAAGUGAGAGAAAGUGCUUUUUUACACAGUCCCCAACUCUCUGGACAGACUUAAGCCAUUUAUUACCAAAAGCUCAGUAGGUAUUCCUCAUCCACACUAAAAUGCAGUUUUCAGAUUCAUCCACUCUGGAGUCCAUUUUCAGAAAGCUCUGAUUUCAAAUGAGAAAAACGCCAAAUUAGUGUGGACAGAAGGCUAAAAUGGAAAGAAAUUUAGCCUGCUUAGUGUGGACGUCAUCAGUUGUUUUAAUAUUAGUUAAUACUUUUAGCAGAGUAUUUGUAACACACCUCAUUAUCAAAAUCGGCAGCAGCAUAGGGGUGUUAAAGUUUUUACCGCUUUCAAACUAGAGGCCUGUCAAAUGCAUCACCAGGGAAGGAUGCCACCCACUUUCAAAAGAAGGUUCCAGUCAUCACGCCAGAGAGUUGUCAACUGCCAAUUCCCUGACACAGCCAUUCGGCCAGUAUUCAGUUACACUGUUUCAUCAACACAGUUUGUCAGAGGUCCAUACACUACAUGUCACUUGUCUCACUCCAAAGUGUGUGUGUCAUACAGUAAUUUAUCAUGCCUGACUUUAUGCACACACAGGGUCAAAUCACAAAGCCUUUUUUGGUUGUAUGUACUAAAGCAUUGCAAUAUAUGUCAAUACCCCAUCAGAUAUAUAGAAUGUAAUCACAUCUAAAUAUGACUAUUCAGGCUGUAGUUAUUACAUAUAGGCAACAGUAGUUCAACAAUACAUUUUGAAAGACACUGUAGUUAUUACUGGGCAUAAUACUGUAAACUAGACCUAGUGCCAGGAAGGACAGCGAUGGGAGUGCUUUUAAAACCUGCACCAGGUCACUCCUCAAGAGAGACGGAGCUGUUCUAUGAGACAAAUGCCCAUGAAAGUGUGAGAAUGAGGGGGUGUAGACAGAUGGAAAGUCAGAAGUGUCUGUAGUUCAACCAUUAUGUCCCACACAUCAGAUUGCAUAUUUCUCGUGAACAAAUGGCCUGGGGCAUGUUAGCAUGAAUCCAGGAGAAUAGUUGUCUCACUAGAGAGGAAAAUGGAAACUAGGUUGUCUCACCUCAUUAAUGGCACUAUUUAUUCCUCCUUUGAUAUAUCUGUAUACAUAUGAAUAUAUACAUGUAUACUGUAUAUACAUAUUUAAGUGUUGACAUAUAUGAAUGUAUGAGCAAUGUGUCUAUAACGUGUAGAUAUCGUCAGUAUGUCUUAAGUCCUUUAUAUAUCAUGUUAUAUUUGUAUAUGACAUCACAGAAUAGCUCCUCCAUUCUUUCUGUUCCACAGUUGUUUACAUGUACAUUCAUUGUCAGUUUGUGAUGUACAUGUUUUAAUUGUGAUAUUUCUUAUCGCAAUUGUGCAAAAGUUGCUUAUGAUAGCAGGGUUUUUCCAAGCUUAGCUGGAAUUCUGAGGCAUGUAAUCAUCGUGUUUACUAGUGUUUUGAACAGUUGCAAGUUUCCAUGGUAGUGCAAAUUUAUUUAUAAUAUACAGCAAGAUGCAGGUGGCAGCAUAAGAUGGAUAUGGAUUAUCCUGCAUAUGACUUUACUGCAUACAUGUCAUCAUGUCCUAGGAUAUACUCAGUCCCAUCACCCGUAUAUUUGGAGCUUCGAAAUAUUUACUUUCUCAAAAGGAGUUGAAAGUUUUCUGUUAUAUAUCAAAUUAAUAUCUGGGUUUGUUUGGAUGACAAUUAAUUGAUUCUCCAGCUACACUUUCCAUUUCAAUACAUUGUUUUUAGAUGCAAAACACUCCAAGGAAUUGACUUAUAACUCGCUCACAAACAAAAUUCCCAUUUAGCAGGGUCCACUAGGGGGAGCUGUUCAGUCAUUGCUCAACCACGGGUCUGUAAUGUUAGGCUAGCCUUCAUUUUACUUUUAGAUUAGUGGAAUGUAAGCAAGACAGUUUCACAAAGAAAGACUAACCCGUUUUAAGCCUAAAAAGUUAGUCAGGCUAACUCUAUGUUUCCAUGGUAACAAUCUCCCGAAAAGAGGAUUUGUUUAACAUUUGCGCCACCUCCAGGCAAUUUAUUUGAUAAAGUAUUUUUAUUUCCUCUGAACUAUCUAUGAUAAGGGCAUAUCAUCAAGUGUUUUACAAACUUGACCAUCAGACAAGUGAGCUUAAGCCAACCUAGUUAUUUUCUCUUGCAGAAAGAUGCAAAAUAAAAUGUAUCUUGCUCACUGUACUAUCAGAUGUUUCAAACAAAAAGACAUGGAAGUGUUCAGAAUAGAGCUGAAAUGAUUAGUUGAUCAAUCGGCUAGUUGAUCGACAGAAAAUUUGACUAAACGUAAAAAGUAACUUGCCAAACAUUUAAUGGUUCCAGUUCCUUAUACAUGCAGAUUUGCUGCCUUAAAUUGAAUAUUUUUGUGUUUUGCCUCUAUUAGUCAAACAAAAAGACUGUUGUAAGACAUCACAGUUGGCUCGCGCAAAUGGUGAUGAUCAUUGUCACUAUUUUUAGACCGAACAAGCAAUCCAUUAGGAAAUAGUGUUUGGAUCAAUCAAUAAUGAAAAUAAUUAUUAAAUUAGUUGCUUCCCUUGAGUUUUACUAUGUAUGUAGUAUUUUAGUUUUCCAUUACUGGGAAGCAACCCAGCCAGUUGCGAGUUUAUCAGACUAAGAAAUAAAUACAGCCAGAAGAGGCCAUUUUAGGCCAUGUGUUAGCAAUUUGAUCUCAUAAAAUCCAAUUUUUAAAUAAAAACUCGGACAUGCAUUGAAAUGUCAAGUGUAGUUGUAGCCUCUGAUUCAUUAUUGGCCAGGAGAACAAGUCAGAGAAGGCAAUAGAGAGAAUAGUGAGAACAUGAGUGCAGUUGUGAUGUCUCUCGUGGGUGACGUCACAAGGUUGCACUGAUUCUGGCUCCCAGUGAUGGUCUCAGUGCUGGUUCAUACACAUGUUUCUGUCUACUCCAAUACACUCAUCUCAUACACUUGAAAAUGUUUCAGAUUUGUAAAGCUCAAAUUUGAGACCAUUUUCAAGUAUAAUGUGGCGUGUGUGGUACGCUGCAUUUUCCCACCUUCUCAUCAUGAACCCCAAACCACACAACAAUGCCCUAUUGAAUAGACCAUAACUUUAGUUUUCGUUAGUCUACAGGCAGAGAGAAAUGCUCACACAAAUACAUUUCACACCAAGACUGACUGUGCCAAGUGACCAUAUUGUAUUGAACAAAAGCCAUUUCUAAAUGUUUAUGAUAGAAUUGUUUGUCAUUUACAUGGACUGGGGUUUCACGCAUACAAAUAUUAGCAUCUGCUCUACAAUACUGCCCUCCUUCUGAAUACACAAAAAGCAACAACUAACUCUACACAAUUCACCAUUUCUUUUACAUACCGCAUAUGUUUAAAUUUGAGAAUUAUUGGGGUAAAAUUCUUCAUAUUGGUCCAGGAUGAGGGUAUGUACUUUAUAGCAUCAACUGCCUGCACCAACCUGCUUACUGAUUAAAUCAUGACAGUUUUGGAUUAAGGCUCCCACAAUAGGGUUUGAUAAACACUCUGUGGUAGCCAAACAAGCCAUGGUAGAAGUUUUCUGUCACCUUUUGUAGCCACUAUUUACACAAAAUUGUAAACACUCCCUUUUUGGGUGAAGCAAAGAUACACUAAAGUUUGCAUAAAAAGAAAGCUUCUAUGAUGGCUACACUGCUGGCUUCACACUCUCUUAUGCAUAGAGUAACAGAUAAACACUGCCACCUGCUGCUGAACAAAUCUUGUUAAAAUCAAGUUCUUUUUUAAACUGCUAAUGAUUGAUGGUGUUUCUAGCUUAUGACAUGAUAAAUAGUUCAAAUCCAACCACAAAAAAACAAAACAAAAAUAUUUUUGUCCUAAAUGUGAAACCCUGUAAUGUCAAGACUAAGCAGUUUCCUUUGUUUAACAAUGUACCAGCAUCAUUUUGUGUGUUAUAAUCCAGGUACAGUACAUUAUGUGUUAUUGAGAAUGUUAAACGUGAAAUGCCAUUAAUGCAUAUUGUUAUAUAUACUGAGUAUGUAACACGCACUAAGGCAGUUGUGAAUUGCUGCAUUUUAAUGUCUUAACUGGCCUACUAUAUAGAUAGGACAUUGUUUGAUAUUGGAUAUAGAGAGUUGAAAUUACAGAUGAAACAUUGUGUCUGAUUUCAUUACCUCAAAGUAAUGUUUGGUUCAUUUUUGUUUCAAUUUGUCCAGUUACAAGGAUAUAAGAAGAUUAGAGGUUAAAUAUGUUUUUCUUUUUGUACAGUAGGAUACUAAAAAGUCCAUGAAAGUGUGAUUGUGACCUACUUGGGCUAAAUUUGGCUAAAUACAGCAUGUCAUUAUCCAUGUUGUUGAGUCAUAUAUAAUCCUAGUCAGACCUGGAUUAGUUGGUAAAUGUAGUUCAUUCAUAGUGUUUGUUGAAAACCAUACAAGUUACCAGAGUGGAAGGGAGGAUUGUUGAAUCAUUCAGAGAGAGCCAGGUAGUUUUUUUCAUAGAAAUGUACAUUGAAUUGAUUUUUGUUCAAGUUUACAAUCCCAUGUGGCGUAAAUCAGCCAUCUGCGGAGCAGUACGCAAAAAACCUGAGACGUUUAAACCGUCUGUGACUGACAGUUGAUAUCUUACAUCAUGGAAACUCAUCUGGCUGAACUUAUCUGAAUUAUCCACAAUGCAAUAAACUCCAUCCAUCUGGUACUGUUGAGAGCGUUCGAAUAAACACUGGAAAUGACUUACAAAUACUGUUUGGCCCAGGUAAGGUGCCGACACCAGAGCUGUCACCUUCUUCUUGCUCCCAUUCUGAUGAACGGCUUAUAGCAGUUUUAGCACAAACAAGCCCACUGCCUGACUCUUCCCAGAGUCCAUUACACAGUCGACGUCUUAUCUUGUCACAUAGUUGCAUUUCUGUUCCUGUACAGAUGUUACAGAGGUUGUGAUGUUAGAAUGUCUGUUUAUGGGUAUAUCCACAUAUAUGUUCUGUCACCAACACUGACAUCUCAAUGAACGCAUAACAUCGGUAACGACACAGCACCCCACCCAAAGCCUUACAGUGAAGAUUGAAUCUUUAGAUAUUUUUUUCUUUUAGUUUGUGUAUCUCACUUCACACAGUAGGAAGGGAUAGCUCCCUUAGAGAAUGAGAUAUUGUUGAAGUGCACUUGAUUUUAAAUUGUAGUGUUGUUUUCUUACCUUCGAGAAGUCCCUUCUUAUGUUUAAGAAAUAAAAAUGGCUGAGGUAUUAACAUCUUA